UAUUUACCUGGAAUAUAAGGAAGACAAAAAGGCUGCAUUCACCUGGAAAGGGCAAAGUUCAUGAGAACUGUCCAUGUAUCCUGGGCCCCUAAGUGACUCCAUACUGCACCCUAAUACCCAGACCCCUAACCCUUCCUGCACCCAUUAUGAAGGUUGGACAAGAGGAGGCUCUCACUGCCUGCCUCCGUUAGGCCUCCUUCAAUAUCUGGUGUAACUACGACCCUAAUGCCAGGAUGCUUGCAACCAGGUUCAGGGAGAGGCAGGGAGCAAGUCUCUGAGCUGUUACUUUUCCAGGUUCUAGGCAGCCUGGCAACCUCUGGUCAUUUAUUGAAGGACGGCGCUCAGAUGCGGAAGAAAUCAGGAACUGAAGACUUUCGGGACCAUAAGGGGUCUAGCAGCCCAGCCAAGCCUCACAGGCUGGCCUUCCACAUGUUGGCCACCGCCUUCUCACGCCCCGGUCCAGAAAAAGGGAAACUUUCCGCUCCGGAAGGGGAAGGCCCACUCACCCCCUCUAUCAACCAGCUCUCCAAAAGGCCUGGAGGCCUGGGGAGUGUCCUCAUCCUUGCUCCCUCCAACCUGGAGGCUCUUGGCCCCAGGCCUCGCCCGGAGGUUCAGAGGCGCUCUGCCGCAUCCAUCCUCUAGGCCUCACCCGGGCCAAGGGCCCCUUUAUCUUCCCACAGCAGCUCGAACCAGUAGGCGCUGCCCUUCCCCAUUCUGCUGGGCAGCUGGCAGGUUGGGGCUCGUCUGGGGCGGAGACUUGGGAGCGCCUGAAAGUAGUGAGGAGGGCGGGGACCCAGACCCAUCUUUCAAGGCCCGAACUGCCUUAGGGCAUCUAGACUCACGCCGGCGGCCCUGAGCGGCUCCCCCUCGCCAUGGGCCGCUACCGCAUCUGCGUGGCCACCGGGGCCUGGCUCUUCUCCGGGUCGUUCAACCGCGUGCAGCUGUGGCUGGUCGGGGAGCGCGGGGAGGCGGAGCUGGAGCUGCAGCUGCGGUCAACGCGGGGCCAGGUGGAGGAGUUUGAACAGGACGUUCCCCAGGACUUGGGGCCACUGCAGUUCGUGAAGUUGCGCAAACACCACUCCCUGGUGGACGACGCCUGGUUCUGCGACCGCAUCACCGUGCAGGGCCCAGGAGCCUUAGAGGAGGCCGCCUUCCCCUGCUACCGCUGGGUGCAGGGCGAGGGCGUGCUGACCCUGCCUGAGGGCACCGCCCGCCUGGCAGGAGACAAUGCAUCAGAUGUGUUCCAGAAACAUCGAGAGAAGGAACUGAAGGAAAGACAGCAAGUAUACUGCUGGGCCACCUGGAAGGAAGGGUUACCCCUGACUAUAGCUGCAGGCAGUGAGGACGAUCUACCUCCAAAUGUGAGAUUCCACGAGAAGAAGAGGCUGGACUUUGAAUGGACACUGAAGGCUGGGGCACUGGAGAUGGCCCUCAAGCGUGUGUACACCCUCCUGAGCUCCUGGAACCAUCUGGAGGAUUUUGAUCAGAUCUUCUGGGGCCAGAAGAGCAAUCUGGCUGAGAAGGUUCACCAGCGCUGGCAGGAUGAUGAGUUUUUUGGCUACCAGUUCCUCAAUGGCGCCAACCCCAUGCUGUUGAGACGCUCCACCUCUCUGCCCUCCCGGCUGGUGCUGCCCUCAGGAAUGGAAGAGCUUCAGGCCCAGUUGGAGAAAGAACUCCAGAAAGGUUCCCUGUUUGAAGCUGACUUCAUCCUUCUGGAUGGAAUUCCAGCCAAUGUGAUCCGAGAAGAGCAGCAGUACCUGGCUGCCCCCCUUGUCAUGCUGAAGAUGGAACCCAGUGGGAAGCUGCUGCCCAUGGUCAUCCAGAUCCAGCCUCCCAACCCCAGCUCCCCGACCCCAUCACUGUUCCUGCCUUCGGAUCCUCCACUUGCCUGGCUCCUGGCAAAGAUCUGGGUACGAAAUUCAGAUUUCCAACUUCACCAGCUCCAAUACCAUCUGCUGAACACUCAUCUGGUGGGUGAAGUCAUUGCUGUCGCCACCAUGAGGUGCCUCCCAGGACUGCACCCUGUCUUCAAGCUCCUGAUCCCACACACCCGCUACACCAUAGAGAUCAACACACGGGCGAGGACCCAACUCAUCUCAGAGGGCGGUGUGUUUGAUAAGGCUGUGAGCACUGGUGGAGGCGGCCAUGUGCAGCUGAUCCGGCGGGCCAUGGCUCAGCUGACCUACCGCUCCCUCUGUCCUCCUGACGAUCUGGCUGACCGGGGCCUGCUGGGCAUCCCAAGUGCCCUCUAUGCCCAUGAUGCUUUACGGCUCUGGGAGAUCAUUGCUCGGUACGUGGAAGGGAUCGUCCACCUCUUCUACCACGGGGAUGACGUCGUGAGAGGGGACCCUGAGCUGCAGGCCUGGUGUCGGGAGAUCACUGAGGUGGGACUGUGCCAGGCCCAGGACCGAGGUUUCCCUGUCUCCUUCCAGUCUCUGAAUCAGCUCUGCCAUUUCCUUACCAUGUGUGUGUUCACGUGCACAGCCCAGCAUGGGGCCAUCAACAAGGGCCAGCUGGACUGGUAUGCCUGGGUGCCUAAUGCCCCAUGCACAAUGCGAAUGCCCCCACCCACCACCAAGGAAGAUGUGACAAUGGACACCGUGAUGGGCUCACUCCCUGAUGUCCAACAGGCCUGUCUUCAAAUGACCAUCACAUGGCAUCUAGGUCGACGCCAGCCAGACAUGGUUCCUCUGGGGCAUCACAAAGAACAGUAUUUCUCGGGAUCCAAGACCAAAGCUGUACUAAACCAAUUCCAUACAGAUCUGGAAAACUGGGAGAGGGAAAUGACAGCCCGGAAUGAGCAACUUGACCUUGCCUACGAAUACUUAAAGCCCAGCAACAUAGAGAACAGUAUCACUAUCUGAGCUCUAUGGUGCCCCCACCUGGAAAACUUCAGCUCUCCAAAAUAAAUUCUCUGCAUCAGUAGCCCACUGGCCCAGGCAGGGUGGUGGUGGUGGGGAGAGUGGGGUGCUAGGAGGGAGGGGGAGGCAGCAAACCUUUUCACAAAAAAGCCAAAUAAAAAUUGUAUGGUUUGUAGGCCACACAGACUCUGUCACUACUCAACUCCCAGUGUAGCAAAUGGGACAAUAUGAAAAUGAAUGAGUGUGAAUGUGUUCCAAUAAAACUUUAUUCAUGCUCAGUGAAAUGUGAA